UUAUUCGGAAGUAUUAGUAUUUAUACAUAAAAUGACUGUCCCAAAAGGAAAUUUUAUCGUGGAAUAUGUAAUGUCGGGUGUUGACGAGUUCUGGAAUCGCACAUGUUCACCACAGGUGAUAAAAUUUAGCGUUUACGUUACAACAGUUUGGGUGAUAUAUUCAAUCGUGUUGCGGUUCCUGAAAAUUGGUUUAUGGGCUUACGAAAGAAUUCAUUUGUGUCGGCAUUUCGAAGAACUUUACAAAGCAGUAGAGAGAAACGACACGCUGAAAGCCCAUUCAAUUCUAACCAAUUAUCCUCAAUACGUUAACAAAUUCAAAAAUCCAGAAGGCUAUACUCCGUUCAUGUUAGCAUGUGCCAAUGCAAACACUUCACUGGUUAAAGUUAUGCUACGCUGUGGCGCUGAUAUUCAACUGAAAUCCAUAAAUAAUAAUGAAUCUCCGUUUUAUUUGGCCAUUCUUUAUCACAUCCGUAAUUUCAAUGAAUCGGAUGCCUCGUGUAUCCGUGAACUAUUCUAUGCAGGAGCUGAUAUAAACGAACCAGGUGGAAAAGAUAGUGCUACGCCUCUACAAUUAGCUGCCUAUUCUGGACAUACUGGGCUUGUGAAAUGGCUACUUUCAAAGCAAGCAAAAACAGACACUUGUCCAUGUCCAUUUCGUCUUGCGAAGGCUAAUAAACGUUUUGCUGCGGCCGCUCUUUUAGCCUCUUGGAUGCGAAAUCAAGCUCGCUGUAUUGACUAUUAGGUGUUUUGCAUCAAAACGUUUUUUUAUUUAGAUUAUUAAGGUUUGUGUUGUUAAAGUUAAGGAAGAACCAAUUUUUUUUAGUUUCAAUACAGAGUGGUACUUGAUAGAAAUUCAUUAAAAUGAAACAAAAAUGUCUUAGGGUAUUUGUAACAUGUUUUAGUACUAAAGAAGUCACCGUGUGCUGAAACAUGUUUGGUGCCAGAAUUUCGAGAAAGUCAAUAAUUGUUUGUAAGUAGGUAUCUUGUUAUUUUUAGUUUGUUUUAUUAUUCAGGUAGGUAGGUAUGUUAUGUUAUUCAGAGGUCCUUGAAUUAGAGUUAAGAGUCAUCUAUUUUUGAAAAAAAGUUGGUAGGUAUCCUCACUCAAUGUGUUUCAUUUCUUCCGUUUUACGGAGAUUAAAGUAAGUGUUAUUACAUUAUUAUUAUUUUUGAACUUGUUGUUUCCUCCAUGUAUCAGAUUUUUUUAUAAUGUAAGGAC